AUGCAGCAGUCACUAACAAUCCUUGUCCCCCGGGUUUGGCCCUUCUUGAGACACACCAUAUCAUCAGUCAGACGGGCAGCGCUGGAAACCCUUUUCACGCUGCUGUCAAAAGCUGACGAGAGCUGUGCGAUGUGGAUCAAUCCUAUCCUACAAGAUAUGCUGCGGCACAUGUUCCAGUCCUGCAUACUGGAGAGCAAUGAGGAAAUCCUGGAGCUCAUUCAAAAGGUGUGGAUGGAGCUGCUGUCUCAGGCCCCGCAUCAGUUCGUGGUGGCAGCCAGCUGUCCCUGGAUGGGCGCCUGGCUCUGUCUCAUGAUGCAGGCCUCACAAAUUCCCAUAGACGUCAACAUGCUGCUGGAAGUGAAGGCCCGCUCUAAGGAUAAGGCUGGCGCAAAGGGACGUCAGUGUACCAUUCAGGUGAAGGAGACGCUGCAGGAGUAUAUAGCUGGAGCGGAAACGGUGACUGAGGACUCUGUGACGAGGGACUACGUGGUGGUUCGAUCCCGCCUCAUGGCUGCCAGGCUGCUGGGGGCUCUGUGUAGGUGUAUCUGUGACCCUCAGGUCAACGCUGCGUCUCAGGAGAUCCGACCAGCCGAGUCUUUAGGCCAGCUGUUGCUCUUCCACCUCAACUCUAAGUCUGCCCUGCAGCGCAUAGCUGUGUCUCUGGUGCUGUGUGAGUGGGCUGCACUGCAGAAGGACUGUCAGGUGGUGUCAUCCAUCGUGCAGCCUCGCCUUCUGGCCAUUCUGUCAGAGCAUCUGUACUACGAUGAGAUCGCCAUCCCCUUCACACGCAUGCAGAAUGAAUGCAAGCAGCUCAUUGCUCUGCUGGCUGACGCAAAUAUAGACCUGCAGGAUCGCCUCAACUGCAGCGUGUUCACUAUCGAUCAAGCUAAUGAACUGCAUCUCUGUAUAGUAUGUUUAUUCACUCUCUGGCCUACACGCCUUGUUGGAGCUCNAAAUACCCUACGGUAUUUAGCGUCUACAGCACAUCCGCGUUUAGGGUUGACGUCGCCCAGAGGUCCCCCGGGGUUGUUGCGGGAGCUGCUGCACUAG